AUGUCCUCAUCCAUACCUCUCGCAAACCUGUCGCCCUCGUCGAGGCCCUCGUACUACAAGAUGCCCGAAUCACCAGCGUCCUACGCUAGGCGCUCUACACGUUCGCGCCGCGGUCACUGGACGCCCUCCCUAAUCGGCUCCUACGUCUUCGACUGGUUCAUUCUCGCCGUUGUUGGAGGCAUUUCGAUUGUGUUGGGUAUCGUCGAGCCGAACAAGCGGCCCUUUUCCGUUCUCGACCCUAAUAUCUCCUUCCCCUUCACCGAGCAUGAGACGGUGCCUAUGUGGCUGGCCGCCAUCAUUGCAGUCGCCAUCCCCAUCAUCAUCAUCGCCCUCGUAUGCCUGCUCCUUGUUCCCGGAAAUACGGUUCCCAAGGGAACCCCCAAGUCGCUCAUCUGGAAACGUAAGCUGUGGGAGUUGCAUGUUGGCUGGCUCGGCCUUGCUCUCGCCCACGUCGGCGCAUUCUUCAUCACGAACGGCAUGAAGAACAUGUUUGGAAAGCCCAGGCCCGAUCUUCUCUCCCGAUGCCAGCCCGACUUGUCCAACAUUCAGGACUAUAUUGUUGGCGGCACCAGCGCCAGCAUAGCUGGCUUGACCGGCGCAACUGGCUUCGGUCAGCUCGUCUCUGCAAACAUUUGCAAGAACACCGACACGCACACACUUAACGACGGCUUCCGCAGCUAUCCAUCCGGUCAUUCGAGCUCUGCCGCCGCCGGCUUGAUCUAUCUGUCUCUUUUCCUCGCCAGCAAGUUCGCCGUUACUAUGCCUUUCGUGGCUUCGGACAACGGCGCAGAGUCUCAUUCGGCCUUCCCCUCUCGUCUACAAAAGUCCGGCGCCGAUUACGAAGAAGUAGUGUCUGGUGAAGGUGGCUCUCUGAACCCCGACUCGGCAGGCGCUGCCAGGAACUUGGCUGAGCACAACAAGAUCGUGACAGCCGUCCGUCGUCAGGCCGCCGCCCCUCCAAUAUACCUCCUGACUAUCGUGGUCAUCCCAUGGUUCGCAUCGAUCUUCAUUGCUGGCUCUCGCUGGUUCGACUUCCGCCAUCACGGUUUCGACAUUCUCUUCGGCUACAUGAUUGGCAUCUUCACCUCUAUCUUCGCAUUCCGCUACUACCAUCUUCCAAUUCGCCAGGGUGCUGGCUGGGCCUGGGGCCCUCGGAGCCAUGAUAAGGCUUGGUGGUCUGGUGUUGGGUCGUAUAGUUAUGCGACUGAGAAGGGCGACUUUGUCAGAGCAGGAGAUGAGGAGGAAGCAUACAUGAGCAGGCCGGCCUUGGGUCAAGCAUCUUCAACUCAGUAUAUCAGUAAGGCCGGCUCCAACGAAGGGCCGGAGCCUGAAAGCCGCUUCUAA